GAAUAUCCCAUUCCUUAGGAUUUUCGGAACUAUUGUCUGUGGAAGAUUAAAACCCUAUCGACCGUCAGUAUUUAUAUGUGUGUAUAUUUAUAUUUUAUCGCCCGCAGAGGACGAUUAACGUGUAACCGUUACCGGCCGUUGCCACCGUGCUCCGCAUGUGACGGAGGGAACAGGGGAGGGGCGGGCUGUCUCGUGCAUUGUACCGUGGAACACUGAGUUCCAGGCAGCGUAGCUGUGCAUCACCAACCGCCACACCGAGGAGGAGAGCUCGGCUAGACGGCAGCAGGAGAAGUCGACCCGACUACACGAUCGCCACCCUUCACCGUUGAGGACAGCGUCGCUCGAAUAGCACUCAGAGAAAGUACGUUUAUUUUUCUUUUAUACGUAUAUCUUUUCUAAAAAUAAUUUGUGGUGUUUCCGUGACGAGUACGCAACGUUACUUCGCGUCAGUUAGGUGAGCGCUGCUCCAACCCUUGUUUAGUAAACGUUAGCAUUAGCAUGUUGCGUAGCUUUCCGAAGUGCUAACUUUGACUUUUAAGUGUUCGCUUAGCUCUUUGCUAGUCAGGCCGUCAUAUGUUAAAUGUUUAUAAAUUCAGUUGCUUCGGUUAACUAAUGUUGCCUUUUCAUGCCGGUAAAUGUAAUAUUUGUGGCGCUUCCCGACAGUCGUCAGCUUCAUACGAGCACCAACCGCAUUUAGGAACGUUAGCUCUAUUUGCAUUUAAGCUAAUUAAAUACUUUAGUAUCCUACUAUAUCACUGCUACGUGCUGCGUUAUUUUACUCGCUGAAAACUGACGACGGGUAAUGAUUAGACUGUCAGUAAUGUCACAGAACUCUAUACUCUGCAGGGUUGGGAGGCUUACAUUAAAAAUGCAUUAGAUACAGUUAUUUAGUGCCUAUUAGAACAUGUAAUCAUUAACGUGAUCCAGCUAUCACAAUAUUCAAGUGUUGUAGCUUUAUUGCUUUGCCUUAUUUUUAGAUUACUUCAGUACCAUACGAAUGCAAAUAAAGACUAGGGAAAAUAAAUAUGAUUAAGAUGACUUUUACUUAAUCUUACGAUCAAGUGUGUCAUCUGUGAGAAUAGACACGUGUGUAUCUGUUUUCACUAGGCACCAGAGGGAUGUGUGAAAAGUUGUCAUAUUUGCACAUGUGCAUGGUUACAGACUAGUACUUCACUAUUCUACAGUUGUAAUCCUGUAAGUACUCCUCUUUUUUACGAAUGUCUGGGCAAUCUAAUUAUAUCCUUUUUUGUAAUUCAACUAGGAUACUGCUCAUGGUUUUUUUUUGUAUUCUAAUUACGUAAUCAUGUUACAUAUACUCCCCAAGCCUCAUAUGAAAAGGGAUUCUUCUCAUGGUAGUUUGAUUCUCAGCCUUUGAUUUGCUAAUGUAGCUGCUGUGAGACUUUGUCAAGCCAAGGACACUGUCAGUACAACAGGAAACAAGAUGAGUACCAAGAGGAAGGCAGAGAGUCACUCAAGGACAGCGAACAGACCUCGCAUUAUGAAGUCUGGAGGAUCCCGAGCUGAUUCAGAGAGAGACUCUGGAUUCUCAGAUGCUAGCUCAGAGCAUAUGAGCGCAAUGGACACAACAGACUCUGAGGGUUCACCCCGCCAGCGGGGACGGCAGACCUCUGGCUCUGGCCCUCAGCCCUCACAGUUGGCUGUGGUAGGAGGCUCCUACUCAAACAUCUCUCCCAUGAUCAUCAUGAACAACGUCCUUCUGAAGCAGCCUGGAGAUAAUCCUCCUGCCCUGAAGCCUUGGGGGUUUAGUCCCACAGUGGAGGUGGUUCAGCCUGUUGUCCAGCAGCCUCAGGUGGUCUUCCUCCAGCCUGUGGUCUCUCGUCAAGCUUCUCCUGCUUCCAAAGAGACGUCCUCUAGACACCGGCGCCCUAAGAAUUAUCUACCAAUCCUGAAAUCCUACCCCAAGAUUGCUCCACAUCCUGGAGACACCUCCAGUUCCUCAGGGAGAGGAACUGCUGCUUCUUCCUCAUCCUCCUCCUCUUCUUCAGGGUCAGAGAGAGGCAGCAGCUCAACCUCCAACCACCGGGAGCACUCUCAGAGAGAGAAGCAGCAGAGAAAUCUGUGUGUCAGUGCCAGUAACUCUGGCUCAUCCACUCCCAGUCUUCCGGCUAGCCCCAGCCCCAUGUCUCCUCUGCUCCAGAGCCGACUUUCUCUCCACACACCAGACGCCAGUGCUAGCAGUAGUCCUGCCAGGGAGAGGCCUUCAUCAACUGUCAGCCAAUCAAAAUGUACCACCUCCCUGUCUUUUACUCACACGACUGGCUCCAAAAAUGAAACGCUCCCUGUUGUUCCCUGGGGGGGCACCCAAGAGAGCAGCUCAGCAGGAGAACAGCACAGCGGGGAGGGCGACACUGAUGUAAAGAGGAAGCGCUUCUGCAACACUUACAACAUCCUGAGCAAAUCUGGCCUGCUAGACAUCGCACUCCGCACAAAGGAGCUCCACCGGCAGAACCGACGCACACAGAGCGACCUAGAGCAGCUAAAAGAACACACAGACCUCUUCCUUCAGGCUGUGUUCAGCGGUGAUACCAGCAUCUAUCUGAAGCUGCAGGCCAGGCUUCAGGAGGAAGACAAAGAGAAAGAUGGAGAGAAAGCUGCUCAGACGAGCUUAAAGGCAGAUUAGACCUAGACUAGGGCUUGACAGUAAUCUGUUAGGCUAGGGUUGGGGGUUGGAACAGGACGGAUGGACCGAAAGUAAUGUGCUCCACAAAACACACCCUCCACCCUAGAAUCUCACACAGAGUAUGCUGUGGCCUACAUUUUGGCUGCCAGCUGCCUUAGGGCCCUGACACACCAACCCGACCUCAAAGAUUGGGUGCAGAUAAAGACUUUGUGUUGCCUGGCAUUUUCUGCCAAAAUUUGCAUGUGAACUCAUCAGAAGUCUAAAGGUGGUGGCACAUUGAUCACCGGCAUGCACUUAUGUUCCACACCUGUGUGAGACAAAAAGUUUUAUUCAGAGGUCUGUGUUUGUAAUCCAGGGAACAUCGUGGCAAAAGAAGACAAGAAAACUACCCUAUAAUCUUUCAGAUUUUUUCGAAAAAUCCAGUUGUGCUCAGAUUCUGAAUUGGAAAUGUUGGCGUAUCCCCUUUUAAAGAAAAAAGUAUGAAUAUAUAUAUUGUUCAUUUUGACUAAACGCUCCGUGAGUGUUGGUAUCCUGCGAUCUUCAGCUUGUAAAAAAAGAAUGAUAUCGAAGAUUUGUUUGUUCAGUUGCUGCUCAUUUUAAUUGCCUCUGUCAGUGAUACAAUAAGCUCAUUCCAACAGCUCCAGAGAAGGUUAGUGUUAAGGCUGUCAGUGAAAACACACUGCAGAAAGUUUGGGCGGCCACACACAUACAGUGCUGUCCAGGCACCAGCUGUCGGCUUGGUGUGUCUGGGACCUAAGGUCAGACGAGGCCACAGCUCGCUGUUAAGACUACAUCUCUCACUGAAACUGCUACUCUGCUGCACAAAAAUCUUUUGCUUGUCGGCAAUCAAAACCCAAAAGCCCAAAGAGAUUUGGAUCUAAGGCACACAGGCAUAAAUCAGAAUGCACAAUACAGGCUCAGAAUCUGAAAAAGAGCUCGAUUAAAGCCCCUUAGAUUGGAUAUUUAAAGUUUAACAGUGAAUGGCAAAGUGUUUCCAUCUAAAACUGGAAAAUAUCAGUAUGCAGCUUCUAACAACCGGCUGUCUCCCUGCAUGAAUUAGGCAGAACUUUCUGUUGUUACAACAGUUUUUGAUCAUAGUAGCUCUCUAAGAUCAUGUGUUCCACUGAUCCUGACGUGCUGCCAGACAUCCAGUUGACAGCCACGGUGUGUACACAGUCCAAAAUAUUUUAUACAGCAGGUUACGGUUACAUAACAUGGAUGGUUUAUGACAGGCUCAUGGAUACAUUUUCAUGUCACAGUGAAUGGGUCCAGGGCCUCACGCCAGUCAGAAUCUUUGAAUAGACAAACAUAUGCCUCAAGUGUCUUUUUAGUUUAAAACUCGGUGUGAAAGAUUUGGCACAGCCCGUUAACGGUUUCUAGUUUCGCAUUCCCAUGAUGUUGAUGGCAGCUAUAGUUCAGUGCAAACCGGCUGGAGGUAAAGCUCUUAACAGCCAGAUGAUGCUUCCCCGACAACAUCCAAGGGUAAAGAGUGCUUCCUGUAGCUCAACCGUAUUUAACAGUGACUUCAGUGAGUUCUACCAGUUGUUUUUUGAGUGUGUUUUUUUUUUAUAUAUAUAUACACACAAGGAUGUAAUUUAAUGUGGCAAUAUUAUCUAAGUGAAGCGCAGACUUUUUCUAUUGUUAAAUUCCUUAAAUUCCUGUUUUUGUUUGUGUAAAAUAUUUAACCGUUUUUUUUUAAGACAUCCAUCAAGUCAGGUUUGAUGAAGAUGAUGUUGUGCAUCAGCUUUGGGCCUCACAAGUCCAGAUUAAUAAUAUUGUGGGAUAUUUAUGAAUUAUGGCCUUAAUAUCCAAGCCUGGUUUAUGUCACAGGGGGUUAUCUGAAGUGAGCUCUGGGCAGAAUUUAAUGGCAGCUAUGAUGGCAGAAAAGUCUUUUUGUUUAAGUUAGAGUACUUGAAGAGCAUUGUGAGGCAACAUAAGCACACUACCACUACCGGUGUCAGUAAACUAUUUCUACCGUACUGUGGUUCUCAAACUGGGGGGCCCUAGAGCCACUGGUGUGGACGGGAGAGUGAAAUAGUCUGCUGAUGCUAUUGUGUUGAACUUUGUUUCACUAAAAUUCCACUUGGAUGAUUUUUUUUUCUGAGUUGCUUCCCCUGUAAUUGUUACUGACUUUGGUAAAAUUGUGGGGACGGGGUCAUGCCAGAAAAAGUUUGAGAACUACUUCUAAGACACAGCGAUGCUUAACAUUAAUAUUGUCAAAUGUUUUUUUUUUUUUUUUUACUUCUAUCAUUUUCCUGUAUAAACAUGUUUUUGUAUAUUUUGUCUCUAACUCUAUAAUGAUAUCAGAUGUGAUGAUAAUGUACUUGCUGUGCUUUUGUUAACUUAAAAGGCCUCGUGUGGAACAUCUAAAUUAAGGGAUAAUUUAUUGUCUACUUUAGCAGUUUUGACCAUUUUAUACAGUUGAUUUAAAAAUUCUGUGCACGUAUGAGGGUCAUGUGGUCUGUUAUAAAAUGUAUGGAAGUGUUACACAAACUCGGACAUUUGGUUUUCUUUGUGAAUGAUUUGUGGGUGUUCUGCUGCGUAUCUUUUGCUUUUGAAGGGAAGAAAAAGAAAGAAGACAUAGCAGAUGAUAAGAUGGUCUGAUUGAACAUUAAACAAUGUAAAUUAUAUUUACGUAUAUGUUUCAACUUGGAGGCGUCGUUGGAUUAAUCUGACCCAGACAGCUUGGAACAUUUUAGUUUUCCUGACAUUGGAGUCUGCUGUUCCAAGAAUGUUCUGUUUGUAGCAAAGUUAUAUAAGAGAUGAAUUUAUUUUUGCUUUGACUCCAAGUGAGAGACUGUAAAUCUGUCUUCUGCUUUCAAUGCGUUAUGAGUGCAAUUUAAGCUAACAAGAGCAGCCAAACCGCCUCUGUCUGCAGAACAGCUCUGCAAAAAUCCAAAAUUGAAAUGUUUGUAAUCCAUCAGAUGUUCAGAGGACCCGCAGUUAAUUGACAAAUGGCACCUUAAUAUGUUUUUUGUACUUGUGUGUUAAUGAUGCAUGUUCUCCAAAUGUCGAACGUAGAAGUUGCGGUAGCAUUUGAACAUGUCAUGAUCAUGCAACUCUUAAAGUGUGCAACCUUACGACAAGGUUUUAAAAGCCAUGGUUGGCUCAGUGCAGAGCAAGUUUUGAUGCAUGGAAAAGAACCUAAUCGUGUCAUAUUGUUGUAAUAUUUGUGCUGUUGUCAUUGUUAUAGACUGACAUUUGUUUCAAUACCAUGCGUCCUUAAUGAAGGCCUUAUUAAGACACUGAACCAGGACAGCAGCGAGACUGCUGGCACUGUUUUGGUCUUUUGCCUUGACUGAAAAAACAAAUGCCAGCAAGUUUGAGCUCUUUUUCUGCAGCAGAGUCAAGACUGUACAAAUGCAAGUCAGUCAGUCAGUCAGACACACAAACACAUGCUGUCUUCUUGAUAUUGUUCUUAAAGGCUCGCUGUGGAGUCUGAUGAUCUUACGAACAGUUCAAUGACUUGCUGGAAUUGGAUCUUGCUGUUCUGAUGCUGGUUCACUGCCAGUGGAAAAAAUGAUGGUGCUGUAACAUCUGAGGGGUCAGCAAUAUUUUGGCUGAUGACAGCACAACAACAAUGACCGUGUCCAAUGUUCUUUAAGAGCUUUCUUUGUUCGCUUCCAUCAGCUUCUACCACAGCACAUUUGUUUAUUGAAGCGCAGGAAUUUGACUUUGUUUACAUGGAUCUGCGGUGCUGUGGCGACUCUUUCCUGGACGCUGUCCACAUGAUUGACUAUUGACUGAACUGUUGCAACACAAGUCUCUGGACUGUAUUCUAUAUGCUACAGGCUGUGCAAUAGAUUGUGAAUGCUGUCGUCGUGAUCAUGAUUAUGUGUGACCGCAGUUUUUUUAUUUCAUCUUUCAAAACAAUAGAAGUUGAUUAAAAAAAAAAAAAAAGAGGACCAGGGUUUUUUUUUUUUUUUUUUUUUAUUCAUUCAGUAGGACUUGUGUAAUUUUUUUGUACCACUGGAUUUUGAGUGUUUCAUUUAAUGUUGGCAGCUUUGUCGCCUCAGUGCAUCUCAGACUGCCUUCUUUCACUUUGAAAGAUGCUGAACAUUUUUGUGAUUGUUUUAUCAAAAUGUUUCAGUCAUGCACCAGCAAUGAUCAUUAGGCCGAAUAAUUCCUUCAGUAGAAUUAGGCAGACUGAAUGUAAUGUAGCUCGCAGGCAAUCUGUUCUUUUUUAAUUCUGAAAACUGUCAAUGCAGAAAGUUGUGUUGAAAUGCUCACUGAACUCUCUGGUAGAGGAUUCACCAAAACAAUAGUUUCCUGCCUUGCAGUUUUACAUAUCUGGAGACAGGGAACUUGUGAUAAAUAAUGACGCUUCAGCUAUACCAAUCAAAGAUCAAUAACUACGAUUGAGGGAGGGUUUGUUGUAACUUGCUUUUUAGGGCUGUUUUUUUGUACAUUUUAGUUUUAGAGACUCAUUGCUUGUGUAAUAAAUGUCAUUCCAAAGAA